AUGAGUCGUCGGUUAUUCACACGGAUUGCUGAUGAUUUGGCGGGGCUAGACCCGUUUUUCACGCAACGACCCGAUGCUCGGAAUUAUGAAAGGUUCACCACGUUACAAAAGUGUACUGCGGCCAUUCGCCAACUGGCGUACGGGACAGUGGCCGACGCUUUGGACGAGUACUUACAGAUGUCGGCAAGAACUACGCGGGAAUGUUUGUAUCGGUUUUGCCAUAAUAUGGUGAAACUGUAUAGCAAAAGAUAUUUGCGGAAACCAAACGCGUAUGAUGUUCAACAGUUGUACCAAGCUCAUGAAGCAAGGCACGGGUUUCCGGGAAUGCUUGGUAGCAUUGAUUGUAUGCAUUGGGCGUGGCAUAACUGCCCGACUGCGUGGCGAGGCCAAUACACGCGAGGUGAUCACGGCCAUCCAACCUUAAUACUUGAGGCCGUGGCGUCACAAGAUUUGUGGAUCUGGCAUUCUUUCUUUGGGCUCCCUGGUUCACUCAACGGCCUCAACGUGUUAUACCAAUCGACGAUCUUUAGCGAUGUCGUUAAUGGAAUCGGUCCGGACACCCGUUUUACAGUUUCAGGGGUUGAGUAUAGACGCGGGUAUUAUCUUACUGACGGAAUAUAUCCGUCUUGGGCUACAAUUGAUUUGGUAGAACAUAUAUGGAACAACGUAAACAUCGGGGACGGUGACGGAGACGGAGACGAAGAGGAAGACGAGUAG